AUGGGUGAUGAUACAAGAUUAACACUCCUUGAACCACGUCCCAAGGCUGCGCCACGGGCUGAGGAAGGUGUAGUAACGCUGGACACCGGCAUUGCUGACCAGACCUGCCAUGCAGUAGCAGUGGUGGGGAUGGGGUGCCGCCUUCCGGGGGGCAAUAACUCCCCAGAAGACUUAUGGCAAUCUAUUCUCAACAAAGUCGACGCCACCGGAGACAUACCCGCGAUGCGAUGGGAGCCUUACAGGCAUCGAGAUGCGCGGAACACGCGUCUCUUAGAUCAGAUGAACCAUCGUGGAUAUUUCCUCGAUCACCUGGAGGACUUUGACGCGGCCUUUUUUCAGAUCUCGCCAGCGGAGGCCGAGCAAAUGGACCCGCAGCAGAGGGUAGCAUUAGAAGUGACAUGGGAAGCCCUGGAAAAUGCCGGCAUUGCGCCCCAGAGCCUUUCUGGCUCCAACACGGCCGUUUUCAUAGGCGUUAACUCAGAUGACUACUCCAGGUUGAUGUUAGAGGAUCUGCCGGGCAUUGACGCAUGGAUGGGCAUUGGCACUGCGUACUGUGGCGUGGCGAACCGGAUAUCCUAUCAUCUGAAUCUGAUGGGGCCCAGUUCCGCGGUCGACGCUGCUUGUGCCUCCUCGUUGGUCGCCAUUGACCAUGCAAGACGGGUAAUUCUUCAAGGGGAGUCUACAGUAGCUAUUGCUGGUGGAGUCAAUGCCCUUUGUGGCCCUGGAUUAACAAGGGUACUUGAACAAGCUGGGGCCCUGUCCCCAGAGGGUUGUUGUCGCUCCUUUGACGAAGCCGCACAAGGAUACGGCCGCGGCGAAGGGGCCGCUAUUGUUAUUCUUAAAAGUAUGGCCAACGCCUUGCGCGACGGCGAUCACAUUCUUGCCAUCCUCAAAGGGAGUGCAGUGGCCCACGAUGGCUCCAAAAAUGGCAUCAUGACCCCCAAUGCCAAGGCCCAAGAGCUAGUGGCUAGGAACGCCCUUUGCAACGCUCACAUUAGGCCUUCUACUGUCGAUUACAUCGAGGCCCACGCCACCUCAACCCCAUUAGGAGACCCAACAGAAAUCUCCGCUCUCGCAGCCGUCUAUGGGAGCUGCCGAUCUGCCGACCAGCCCUGUUUCAUCGGCUCCGUCAAGCCGAAUGUUGGCCAUCUUGAGGCCGGGGCCGGCGUGGUGGGCCUCAUCAAAGCAGUUCUGAGCGUUCAAAAGGGCAUUCUACCACCGCAGGCCAAUCUCCAGACUUUAAACUCGCGCAUGAACUGGGAUCAAACUGGGCUCUGCGUGGUGCGUGAGACCCAAGAGUGGCCGGUGUCGGACAACCCUCGCCGCGCUGCCGUGUGUUCGUAUGGGUAUGGAGGAACGGUCAGCCAUGCCCUUGUCGAGGAAUAUAUCACGUCUGGGUCACUCCAAGGCCUCAGUUCGCCAGAGCCUAGUAAUUAUCAAGCCCUACUUCUCUCCGCACCGCAAGAGAAGCGACUCUCCCUCCAGGCAGAGACGCAGAAAACUUGGAUCUCGACUGUGGGACAACAGCACCACCUUGGGUCCAUCGCGGCGACGUUAGCCACACGCCGGGAACAUCACCGAUAUCGGGUGGCGUUCAUCGUCACAGACCACGCAGACGCGGUUGAGGAACUUGAAUCCUUCGCCAAGGGCGAUCCUUGUGAUUGGACUCUAUCCGGCCAAGUGCAUGGCAGUGAGGACGAGAACUCCAAAAGGGUGGUUUGGGUAUUUUCAGGCCAUGGAGCGCAAUGGCUCGACAUGGCCAAAGACCUGCUGCACGAUCCGAUUUUCUACAAUGCCGUGUCUCCCCUUGAGCGCCUUGUCCAAGAAGAGCUUGAGUUCUCACCGCUACAGGCCUUGGAAUCGGGAGAGUUUGGUGCAGCCGAUCAGAUUCAGGUUCUUACCUAUCUUAUGCAAAUCGGACUUCAAGCGAUUCUACAGUCCAAAAACGUCCCCUGUGAUGCGAUAAUCGGCCAUUCGGUGGGAGAGAUCGCCGCAUCCGUGGUCGCAGGUUGUAUCUCGGCGCAGGAGGGUGCCCUGGUUGUAUGCCGACGUGCAAAACUCUACCGUCAGUUUAUCGGUUUUGGGGCAAUGAUCCUGGUGAAUAUGCCGGGGGACAAGAUGGAAAAAGAACUCGGCCAUCAAACACAAUUAGCCAUCGCUAUCUAUGCCUCUCCAUUGUCCUGCGUUGUAUCGGGGGCAACGGAUGAAAUUCAAAGCCUCGCUGCAAGGCUCGAGGCCCGAGGAAUCAAGGUCUUCCACGUGAAAUCCAAUAUUGCUUUCCAUCACCCCCAGCUUCACAUUCUCUCCGCACCCUUGAGACACGCCCUGGAGGGUUGCCUCUCUCCAUGCCCACCCAAGGUAGCACUCUACUCUACCUCAUUGUUGGACCCGCACUCCGCACCCCUGCGCGACAGCAGUUACUGGGUCGGCAAUAUGGUUAAUCCAGUCCGGCUGGCCUCAGCGGUGCAGGCGGCGGCGGCGGACGGCAUGAGGCUAUUCCUGGAAGUUUCAACUCACCCGAUUGUUACGCAGUCGAUCGAGGACACCAUGAUACAUCAAGACGUUGCCAAUUUUACCGUCACGCACACCAUGACCCGGGGGGAACCGGCGGAAAAGUCGAUCCUCUCCAGCAUUGCUCAGCUCCACUGUCAAGGAGCUGCAGUGGACUGGGAAAGGGUAAUGGGCGACGUCUGGGCGGCCGAGGUUCCUCCGACUACUUGGAGUCAUCGGCCAUUCUGGAGACAGGUGGAGGCCCGGCCUUUGGAGGACCACCGGGCGAACCUUGACGUCGACAAGCACUCGCUUCUCGGCCAUCGAGUUCCCAUUGCCGGCGAGAAUACCACGGUCUACACUACCCGAAUUGACGAGCAUGUCAAGCCCUUCCCCGGGAGCCACCCAGUCCAUGGGGCCGAGAUUGUCCCCGCAGCGGUUCUGAUCAAUACGCUCCUCGAGGGAACCGCGGCUCGCAUCCUUUCCGACACCACUCUCCGCGUCCCGGUGCUGGUGAGCCAGCCCCGAUAUGUUCAGGUCAUUAUCAAACCCGAUCGGUUCAAAAUUUGCUCUCUCCUCAUCCAACCGAACGCCACGGAGCAAGAUGAGGCGUGGCUAACACACACGACGGGCUGCUGGGCAGGCACGGUUGCGCGCGACUCUACCCCUGCCAGCAUCGAUACUAAGGCCGUCCAACUUCGGAUUGGAGCGAAACUCGGAGACAACUUCUCCGUGGACUACCUUGACAAGGUCGGUGUCGCUUCGAUGGGGUUUCCGUGGGCGAUCACCGAGCACUACGGCAAUCUAAGGGAGAUGAUUGCCCAGGUUGAAGUUGCGCCGGCUCUCGGAUCCGGCCCCUUGCCCUGGGAUCUCCAUUCCUGGGCGCCCAUCAUGGAUGCUGCCAUCUCGAUGGGAUCCACCAUAUUCUUCGACCGGCCCCGCCUGCGUAUGCCAGCUCACAUCAAUCGCAUCACUGUUCACACCGAGGCAGCACCUCCCCGGAGGGGGGUGGUGUAUGUGGAAAAGGUUCCAGAUACGACCGCGGUGCAUGCCAGUAUCGGUGACGAGGCGGGCCAUGUCUUGGUCCAGUUGGAGUCUGUACAAUACUCUGAGAUUGAAGGAGCCCCAGGCCUGGGUGUCCAUGUUGAGGGUCUUGUGCACCAGCUCGAGUGGCCACCGGCGUCAUACGCAGAAACCCCUCUCCACCUGGACCAUAUGGUACUCAUAUCUCGAGACAUUGAGCGGGUGGAGUGCUAUGCCGCGGCUCUCAAGCGUGAAUUCCGCUCCAUCUGGACCCUGACGUGUGCCGGCCAACUCGCCGACCUGACGGAGAGGGAAGCUGACCUGCGAACCCAUCCCUUGGCGAUCGCGUAUAUCCCGGGUCACCUGCUUCCUUCGCAUGCUAUCGCCCUUGCAUGCCAGGAAUAUACCUGUGAGCUGCUGGAGAUUGCCCAAUCGGCGGUCCGUCUCUCCCUCCCUACCAAAAUCUUCGUUCUCACCGAUCGCGUGUUCACCGGCAAGGCUCCAGCUUGUCUGGCCCAGUCCGCUCUCCAUGGGCUGUCCCGGGUCAUCGCCGCCGAACACCCGGACAUCUGGGGGGGACUGAUUGACCUCGAGUCGCCAUCUUUUCCCCUGACGACGAUGAAAUAUGUGCAAGGAGCCGAUGUUAUCAGGAUCUCAGACAAUGUCCCACGCACCGCCCGGCUUCGAUCUCUUCCCCAAGACAAACUGCUGCCUCGGGCCCAGCAUAAUUCGCUUUUACCCCGUCCCGGGGGCACCUAUUUGAUUACCGGGGGGCUGGGCGCCCUCGGACUGGAGGUCGCGCAAUUUCUGGCCGCCAAGGGGGCCCGGCGUCUGGUCCUAGUCUCCCGCAGCCAAUUGCCUCCUCGCCGGGAGUGGGCGAAUUCUAUGGCCGCCGCCUCUCGAUGGGCGCCGUCUAUCCGCAAGAUUCAAGAGCUGGAGGCACAAGGCGUCACUAUCAGCCCCCUAGCUGUCGACCUCUCCUCUUCAGGCGCUCAGUCCCAGCUGUCCACAGCCCUCGACGCCUUAUCCUUCCCCCCGGUGUUGGGUGUUAUCCACGCGGCCGGGGUCUUGGAGAGUGAGCUCGUUUGCAACACUACGCCCGCUUCGAUGUGUCGGGUUCUUGCUCCCAAGGUUUCCGGGACGCUAACAUUGCAUGCCCUGUUCCCGCCCCAAUCGCUGGACUUCAUGGUCCUCUUUUCCUCCUGCGGGCAGUUAUUUGGAUUUCCGGGUCAGGCGUCGUAUGGGGCCGGGAACGCGUUUCUGGAUACUCUGGCCACCCAUCGCCGCCAGCAAGGGGACCAUACGGUCUCGUUUCAAUGGACCAGCUGGCGAGGGGCAGGCAUGGCAGCUAGCUCCGAGCUGAUCAAACUGGAGCUGGUCAAUAAAGGCAUCACCGACAUCACGAGCCAAGAGGCGUUUUGCGCGUGGACACACGCCUCCAAGUUUGGGAUUGACCAUACCGUGGUGCUUCGCAGUCGAGCUAUCGAGGAGGGCCAACCGCUUCCUAGUCCACUGCUCUCCGACAUUGUGAUUCGCAAGGCCUCCAUUUCCGAUGCCACCACACUUUGUUCGGCCUCGUCCUCUGUGUCCUCCCGUGCUGCGACUCCGAAAUCGGAAUCCGAGCGCUGGACGGACGUGCGCGAGCACGCGCAGGAAUGCGUCGCCCAGGUGCUGCAUCUGAAGACGAACGAGGUGGAUUGCUCGGAGCCCCUGAGUAAUAUGGGGGUGGACAGCGUGAUGUCUGUGCGUCUACGGAAACAAUUGCAACAGACACUGGCCGUGCAGAUUCCGCCAACUCUGAUAUGGACCUGCCCAACGGUGGACCACAUUGCCAAGUGGCUUCUGCAGAGGGUCUGA